UGAUGGCUCCCAUCCAUGCGGGCAGAGCGGUCCCUGCGACCAGGUGGGCAGGAUGGGGCAGUGUCAGCGAGUUCUGACCUGUGCCUGCCGGACGGGGCUCCUCACCCUGAUAAGACUGUUUUGAGCUUUGUCCUUCCCGUCUCUGGUUCUGGCCUGAACAGGUUCCUGGGCUCCUAUAAAGACACAAUGUCCCGGACCGGCUCAGUUCCUGUUCUGCUGGGCCCGGGAGCCUCGCCACACAGGGGAGAAGGGGCCGACUGACAGCUGGAGGUGGGUGCCGGAGGGGGAGGGUGGGGUGCAGGGCCUGGAACCAGCAUGUCCCAGGCAAAGACAGCAGCGGAGGCAGGCAAGGACUGCAUGGCGGAAGACCUGGGUCCUCAAGCCGAGCUCAGGAGCAACGGCGGCCGGGCGGACUGGGGGGCCCCGAGCCGCAACUCCGUGGUCAUCUGCCAGGCGGUGGGGAGAAGCAUCUUCACUUCAAGCACCUCCUCGGCAGCGGAGAGAGUGAGCCUGAUGCUGAAGCAGGAAGAGGAGGGCGAAGAGGCCAGCCACCCAGUGCUCUUCAUACAGCUGUCCGAGCUCUUCAGCACCCUCGAAGGACUGGAGUGGAGGGAAACGGCCAGAUGGAUUAAAUUUGAAGAGAAAGUGGAAGACGGAGGCGAACGCUGGAGCAAACCUCACGUGACCACUCUAUCCCUGCACAGCUUGCUUGAGCUACGGACGUGCAUGAGGAGAGGCGCUGUCCUCCUAGACUUGGAAGCCCGCAGUUUUAAGCAGAUAGUUGAGAAGGUGAUUGAGACCCAGAUAGAGAAGCACGGCCUCCAGCCAGAGCUCACGAAGAAGCUCCGGUACGUCUUGCUCCUCAGACCUCAGCACCACACCACCCGACCCCAGCUGCAGGUGCUGCUUGAGAUGGGCCUUGGAUCUUGCUCUGACAAAGCCAGUGGCCACUCAGAUCCAGGGGGUGAAGUUUUGGAGAUGCCCGCUAAGGAACAGCUGAAAAACCGCUUUAAGAAGAAGAUUCCAGCUGGGACGGAAGUGGCCAACAUUCUUGUAGGGGAAGCCAGCUUCUUGGAGAAGCCUUUCAUUGCCUUUGUGCGUUUGGAGGAUGCUGUGUUCCUUGGGGGCUUGACGGAGGUUGCUUUUCCUAGCAGGUUCCUCUUUAUUCUGUUGGGCCCCAGAGUCAAAGUGAAGGCCUACCAUGAAAUCGGCAGAGCUGUGGCCACUCUCCUGACAGAUGAGCUCUUCCAGCGCGUUGCCCGGAAGGCACAAAGCACCGAAGAUCUCGUUGCCGGAAUCGAUGAGUUUCUGGAUGAACUGACCAUCCUCCCGCCAGGCAAAUGGGACCCAACCAUUCGCAUUGCUCCCCCCAAAUGCUUGCCCUCCCCGCAGAAGAGGAUCUCCAUGCACUUCCGGGAAUGGAGCCCGCAUUCUAACGGGAACGUGUCUGCCAUGGAAGAGCGCCAUCUCCACGGGCCCCAGCUCGCCAGUGAGGAGCUGAAGAGGACAGGAAGACUCUUCGGGGGGUUAAUCAAGGAUAUCCAACGGAAAGCGCCCUGGUACUGCAGCGAUUUCUACGAUGUGUUGAACCUCCAGUGCUUUUCGGCCGCUCUCUACAUCUACCUGGCCACCGUCACCAAUGCCAUCACCUUUGGGGGGAUGCUGGGCGACGCGACGGAUAACAUGCAGGGGGUGUUGGAGAGCUUCCUUGGCACUGCCAUCGCUGGAGCCUUCUUCUGCCUGUGCUCCGGCCAGCCUCUCACCAUCCUGAGCAGCACCGGGCCUGUCCUUGUCUUUGAACGGCUUCUCUUCUCCUUCAGCAAAGAUUACAGCUUUGACUAUUUAGAAUUCCGCCUCUGGAUCGGGCUCUGGGUGGCCUUCUUUGGCCUCAUUCUGGUGGCGACCGAAGCCAGCUACCUGGUGCAGUAUUUCACUCGCUUCACGGAGGAAGGCUUCUGCGCCCUCAUCAGUUUCAUCUUCAUCUACGACGCGGUCAAGAAGAUGCUCUCCUUGGCGGAACACUUCCCCAUCAACUGGGACUACAGGAUCAGCGACGUCCCCUUGUACGGUUGCGCCUGCCGCGGGCCAGAGAGAGGCAACUCCUCUCUUCUGAACGAGACGCUGUUCCCGGCCUCCCGCAGCUUUGGACAGCAGGCUGAUUUGGAGUCAGGGAACUGGUCCCUGCUGACCAAGGACGAGUGUGUGCAGCUAGGUGGCCACCUGGUGGGCAAGAGCUGCAAUUACGUGCCUGACGUCGCCUUCAUGUCUUUCAUUCUGUUCGUGGGGACAUUCCUCUGCUCCAUGAUGCUGAAAAGCUUCAAAACGAGCCGCUAUUUCCCCACAAUGUUUAGGAGGCUUGUCGGUGAUUUUGCCAUAAUCCUGGCCAUCCUCAUCUUCUGUGGGAUUGAUGCUGUCCUUGGUUUGGAGACUCCCAAACUCAUUGUGCCCAGUGAGUUCAAGCCGACAAACCCCACCCGAGGGUGGGUUGUGUUUCCCUUUGGAGCGAACCCCUGGUGGGUCUACCUGGUCUCCUCGGUCCCUGCCAUUCUCGUCAUCAUCCUCAUCUUCAUGGACCAGCAGAUCACAGCCGUCAUCCUCAACCGCAAAGAAUAUAAGCUGCAGAAAGGAGCAGGAUUUCACCUGGAUUUCUUCUGCGUCUCCCUUCUGAUGAUUCUCACCUCAGUCAUGGGCUUGCCCUGGUACGUGUCGGCCACAGUCAUCUCCCUGGCCCACAUGGACAGCCUGAAGAAGGAGAGCACCACAUGUGCUCCGGGGGAGCAGCCGAAGUUCCUGGGAAUCAGGGAGCAGAGGGUGACGGGGCUGAUGGUUUUUCUUCUAACCGGUCUGUCUGUGUUCUUGGCACCUGUCCUCAAGUUUAUCCCAAUGCCUGUGCUAUAUGGGAUUUUUCUCUACAUGGGUGUGUCUGCCCUUAGCAGCAUCCAGUUAACGGACAGACUUCAGCUCCUGCUGAUGCCAGCCAAACAUCAGCCUGACUUCAUUUAUCUCCGCCACGUCCCGUUACGCAAAGUCCAUCUCUUCACUUUCAUUCAAAUACUCUGCCUGGCUGUUCUGUGGAUCCUGAAGUCAACCGAGGCUGCCAUCAUCUUCCCAUUGAUGCUGCUGGCUCUCGUGGGCAUCCGGAAGGCAAUGGAAUGCAUCUUCUCCCUCCAUGAUCUGGCCUGGCUGGAUGACAUCAUCCCCGAAAAGGACAGGAAAGAGGAAGAGGAAGAACUGAAGAGGAAGCAAGACCUGGACGAGAGCGACAGUGAGGAAUCUGAACGUAUGUACCAAGAGAAAGGACCAGAAAUCAACAUCUCCGUGAAUUAGAGGGACCGAGAAACUCCAGUGGACAAGACUGAAGAUGAACCUGAGCUAUGUAUGGGGUUUCCUGAACUGUUUCCUGUGAGGCUCUUUCACAGCAGCAGACGGGCUGCAGUGAGAAAUAGGUCACUGCCAAUGCUCUGCAGAACGUGGCUGAUUCAUGACGGUUGAAACAUGGACAGUGGAGAAAGAUGUUCCGGGGGACUGGGGUGUAAGAAAAAGAUGGACAGCCUUCCUCCGCCGCACGCACGGCGCCGUGCCUUUCAGGCCAAUGCCGGAUGUCCUCUAAUGAUUCCAAUAUGUCAUUAUGAGUGGUCUGGGAAGGUCGCCAUUAGUGCAGCCGCUACAAAACUGUCUGGCAUUCCUCCAUCUUCUUGCUUUUUUGAAAG